AUGCCCCCCAAAAAGCCACCACCAAGAAAGCAGCCAGGAAAACCUUCAGGGCAAAGCAUUCGACCCACCAGUCCAGUGAAGGGACGGCACAAGCUCCGAAACGUCUUGACAAUACCCAUGGGCCGCAACGCUCGCGCAAAUCUUCUGGCUCAGAAGAUGAAUUCUUUGCUUGACCCAAAAUCAGCAGAUUUGAAAACCGAACCGUCUGGACAACGGAUGGAGGAGCAUAUAAUCCUUGAGGAUCGAAUGGAAGUGGAUGAAACAAGCGCAAUGAGCGAGGAUCUAUGGGAAGAUAUUGCACAUGACGCGGGCCCUACCGCGGGGCCCGCCGCGGGGGGUGCCGCGGGGGGUGCCGCGGGGGGUGCCGCGGGGGGUGCUGCGGGGCCCGCCGCGGGGCCCGCCGCAUGGCUGGGUGUUGGGGCUGGAAUGCCGCCAUUUAUCCCUGAAAUUCUUGCGCGACCACAUGCUUUGCAGAGGAAGCCACGUGCUAUGCAGGCCUCUUCUGUGUGGAUCAAUCUCAUCCCUGAUCUUGCCAUCUCUCUGCUGGCAUUUCGGAAAUCAUCCUUUGCAUGUCCACCCGCAUCACUCGCUGAAACCAUUCAUCAAAAUUGUGAAAAUCCUGCCUGUACCCCAACUAAAAUUCGUGUCCUAUGUCUCCACAUCUCAUAUUUUCAACAUAUCAAUGUCCGAACAUGUUCUUGUGUUCCCCCUGCAACUGUUCUACUGGAGCAUGGUGCUCUGGCCACCUCACCUAGCAAGCCACAAAUUGCUGUUACAGUCAAUACAUUGGAGAUAUACCAGGCAUUGUUUCAACGCUCCUGCAUCGCCAUUCAAGCAUUCACAAACGCUCUAACAACCCUCUAUAAUACCAGAGGAUUUGAGCUGAUGUCCAAAACCUUUGAUGGUGAACAUGCUGCUGAUCCUCUUCGACAAGCCUUAUCCCAGGCAGUGCAUGUGUACAGCAGCAUUCAACAGCAUAUCCGAAAAAUGGUCAAUGAUGCCUUGGCCAAAGAGUAUUGCCGUAGCAGCACCGGAUCAUCUCCAAGAGACUCCAUAGCUUCCACCUGUGAAAUUUCCCCUGCACAUGCUGAGCCACAUCCAUCAGUCUCAAUCACAGGACCUUGCGAGGUGUCCAUGCUCGGUGCACCCCCCGCCGCACCCCCCGCCGCACCCCCCUUCGCACCCCCCGCUGCGUCCCCCCCUGCACCCCCCGCCGCACCCCCCGCUGGGUCCCCCCCUGUACCCCCCGCCGCGUCCCCCGCCGCACCCCCCGCGUCAUUUACCCCUGCCAACCACACCGUCAAAUCUGAUGAUCAACUCUUGCUGGUCCCUGGAUCUGCAAAUCGGGUUCUACAGAGCCGCGGUGGGGAUGUCCAAUUUGGUGCUGAUGGUUGCUUCAACUAUCGUCAUCUCCGAGCUGCUGGCAACGGACCAUCCUUGUUCAGUCAGGAGUACUUCCUGACACCUGAAGAGGUUCACAAGGUCAAAGAGACUGUGCUUUUGGCGAGGAAAUCUCCGAAGCCUCUCAAAGAGUCUCUAAUUUCAGCUGAUAUUGUGGAUGCCUGUGGAGAGUCAUGGACUGCCGCAAAUGAGCACAAACAAAAGGGGGAUCCAAAGCGCUAUGACUCCACUGGCAUCUUUGCACUGACAUGUCGUCACUCACAAGUCCUGUUCAUGUGUGAUAUAGACACUCCAGGAGAGCAGCAGCACUACAUAAUUGCGCUCUUGGAGAAGGUGGCCUCACUCCUGCCAUCCAAUGCAACCAUUACGCAAUGUUAUGAUAUCGGUUGUUCUGUCACUUCUAUCCCCGCCGCACCCCCCGCCGCACCCCCCGCGACACCCCCCGCGACACCCCCCGCCGCACCCCUUGAUAGAGUCCAUAUCAAUGCUGACUAUACUCCGAAGUUCCCCAUCCUUUCUGCCCAUUUGCGAUCUCGCGUAUCAUUCUCUCUGAACGCGAUGCAUGCAUUUGGACAUCAAUGGGCCUGCCAAUUGGUCUACAACCCACGCAUGAAGUUGGGCCCCCCUGUUCGAGUCCAACGUGAGCUCGGCAAGAUAGUCAGCCUUCAAAAUCAAAUUGAAGAUAUUGAUGACACUCUGGAGCAACUCCAAAAGACUGUCGAAGAUAGACAGAGCUCGGAGUCAGCACAUAUUGCGAUCCAGGAUCUGCAAUCCACUCAUGUCAAGCUCAGUCAACAAGCUGAGCAUCUGUUCACUUCACUCAACCUGGAGACUCAUUAUCCAGAGCUGGCUGGACUUCCCUUUGAAUUUGUGCAGAUCCUGCUGCUGAUGAGGGACCUCAAGAUUCAGAUUCGCAAACAAGCAAUUGGGACAUUUUUGGAAUGGGAGAAUUUAGACCGUGCUGUCCAAGGACGACGGGAGCCACUGGGUACGAAGCUUCAUCAAGCAGCGCGUAAAGCUCUUUCGAAACGUCAGCCAACGCUGCAUCGUCUUAUCGACAAAUUCAAUUCCUUUUGCUCUCGACUGGAAGAGAUUCAGCCUCCACACUGCUCUGUUCCCAUCCCUCUCCCACUUCCUACCAAGCUAAACGAGCUCAAGUCUCAUACCAACCUCUUCGAAGAUGUAUGGAUCACUCCCUCGGAAGGGGAUGUCCCAUUGUGGCUCUGCGAUGAAAAUGUCCGUCAGGGAAUUUCAAGUCUCCAUGUACUGGACCGCUGUCAUGAGGAAGGGCUUCGCCUGUCCCGAGAGAGCGAAAACAUGCUGCGUUGGAUUGAUCAAGAGUCUUUGCUGCUUCUUUCAGCAAAGGAUUGCAUUUCAAAUCACAUUCUGCAACAUGAGCUGGAGCAAGAAAUCAACUUUCUUCGACGUGUUGCAUCAAGAUGGCGCCGUCAAUUGCAAAUUCCUCAACCUCGGCUGCUGGCUAUGGACCCGACACUCUCUGUCAGCUCCCACAAUUUCACCCCCACUGCGACCCCCGCCGCAGCCCCCGCCGCAGCCCCCGCCGCAGCCCCCGCCGCGACCCCCGCCGCGACCCCCGCUGCGCCUCUGAACCCAGAACCCACGAUUGAGGAACACACAAACCAGGUGGAAGCUGAUCCUCUUGAAGAUGACAUGAAUCAGUCUCUAUGGGUUGAUUCUGAGGACAUUUCCGUCGAUGAGGUUGCAGCCUGUCCCUCAGACUCAGAAGAGGCUCUUGCCGUAUCAGAUAUGAUGGAAACAGAUGAUGACGAAGACACAGCAACACUUGAACGUGACAAUUGCCAUGUCAGAAUAUCCUGGGCUUCAUUCACAAAGUCUCGAUCCACUUGUGACAACAAUCUCCUGAGAGAUCUCACAGCACAUGUUGCCAAAUUUUCCGUGAUACGUGAUCUCCAAACUCGUGUGGUUGUCCUCCCUGGAAACCUGCCCGCUGUUGCAGUCUAUCAAACAGCCAUUCUCUCAUGGUGCAUGCAACCCUUCUCGCUGCAUGCCCUGUCUGCACAGAGAUGCGCCCUUCUUUCCACGUAUGAUCUACAUCGAGUCCGUUUCAAUGCUCCUGAUAAGGUUAUCUGGAAAAAUCUGGCCCCUACGGAGUAUUGGAAUAAGUCAAUCUGGAUUAUUCCAGUCCACCGGCAAGCCCAGGAACACUGGGCUCUUGUCAUUGUCCUGGUACAUGAGCAAAAGCUCCUCCUCUUCGACAGCUUGGCUCAGAAGCGAGCUGAAAAAGACCAGAAUGUCAUGUUACUGGUGACCCGCAUGACACUCCUGGCACAUCGAAACGGAUAUGCGCUCCCUUUGAGUUUGGAUGGGGAGGCCUGGACUGCAGAGCCCAUGAUUUCCACUGCAGUUCAGUGCAACAGUUACGAUUGCGGUGUUUGGGUCCUUGUCAUUAUUGCAGCUGUUCUGCGCGGAAUGCUGGGAUCUAACAUCGCUGAACCACAAAUUCCGUUUCUACGGCACACUCUCACCAACUUCAUGCUCACGCUUCCAUGCGUGCCGGCCUGA